GUACUGACAAGGUCCAUUUGAUUUAACAACUUAAAGGUCUUCAAGAGGAGCAAAAGCCACACUGGAGUGAGUUGAUGACUAAGAGGUCAGUGAGAAAUGGAAGCAAUCAAAGAAAGCAAUUCCUUGGAAAGGCUACGUAUCGAAAUCGAAUUGCGAGCCAAAGUCUCAGCACAAGGGACAGAAAAGCAACGCAUACUCCCACCGAGGACCGUUUUAGAUACUCGUCGGCUGACCAGACUAGCCCCUACAAAAGCAAGGCCUGUCAACUAUCAAGUUUAUGUUUAAGUAAUUUGUUGAAGGACAAGGAACUAGUGGAAGUUAUCAAACACUCGAGAGGAACUUACGAAACCCUCACUUCAGAGGUCACCCAGAAUUUACGGGCCACUGUCGGGCAGAACUCUCUAAAGCCAACAGCUAAGACGGAAGGGCUGCCCACAUUCUCAGAGAAACCAAAGGACCAAGCUGCUGCGUCACGACAGCAUUCAACCUUCACAGGCAGGUUCGGACAGCCGCCGAGAGGGCCGAUCUCUUUACACAUGUACAGCAGAAAGAAUGUUUUUCUCCAUCAUAAUUUACACACCACUGAGCUGCAAAGUCUUGGCCAGCAGGAUGGUUAAUUAAAUAACCCUGCUCUUGUCUCUGGGUAGGAUGAAGGUGGUUAGUGUUUCUCGUGCAUAGCUCAUAUUUACAUUGUCAUGCACUUCUUAUUUUUUUAUUUUUAGUUUUUUAAUUAUAAACAAAGAAUUGUGCACUUUUUUUUUAGAACGACGGUUCAAGCAUGUUAAUGGAAUUAGGUUUAAUAGCCUUGAAGGUUUUAUGAUAUAUAUGUGUAUAAUAAAUGGGACCAUCUUGCUGGUUUAUAUAGUCCAUAAUUUAUCUUUUAUUUUUAUCAGUCUCUGAUCUGCAUUGAAGUUCCAGAAAGUAAUAACAAAUAGCAUUCUGUUCGCUUAAUGAUGUUACUGUGAAAAUAGAUGUGAGGAAUAAGUAGAUAAAGGGAUUGUAAAGAAUGUUAAAUUGCAUAGUUAAUAGAAGGAACAGAGAAGAGGGAAUUUAAAGUCUUAUAUUUGGUGGUGUAUUUAUUUGAAGAAUGAAGUUUGCUUGCAUGUAACCUAGAGAUACAUUUGUCUCUCUACUACAUACAUUCAAGCUUAUCUUGCCAUACUAUUAAAGGGGGAAAGGCUAUUUCUUUUAUCCUCUAAAUGUUUAGUUCACACCAGUUCACAAAAGAUUUCAGACUGAGUAAUCGCUAGCCAAAUAGAGAAUGACAGCUCUGAUUUUCAAGAAAAUUUGCUUUUAGUUUUUGCUACUGAUAUUGAAAUGCUAUGUCAUAGCACAGUGAGGUAGUCAAGUUAGCUGAAUUUGGUCAAAUGAUGCCUAUAGCAUGGCAUUCUUGCUCUUUGAGUCAUGGCAAUAUCAGAUUUUUUUAAAAAUCUGAAGGAUGGAACAUUAUAUGAAAAUUGUUUUAUUUCACUCUCCUUGUAUGUUUAUAAAUUGUCAAUUACUUUAUGUAUGCUCAUGUUCACUCUAUAUACAGUGACCUAUACAUGAUGAAUUGAGGAACAGAAAGUCAGCGUCUUGGUAGCUCAGUAUACACUAUUCUGACUAUUUAGUCAUCUAAAUUUGGAAGGAAGUAAAAUACAUAUGAACUUUGGCAAUUUAAUCUUAGAAAUAAAUCCUUAACAGGACUAUUUUACUUUAUUUAUUUAUUUUUUUUAGCUGAGCCACUGUGCCACCUGUUGGCAGCUCAGCAGCA